GUCUGGUGUUUUUCCACUCUCUGCGAUAUUACCCAUAUAAGACACGAAGGUCAGAGAGAGAAAGAGGGCGUGAAGAUUAUUUGUAGUUGCCUUGACGGUCGCGCGCGCAGACAAACACUCUGUGAUCCACAGCGAACAAAGAAACGGCAGGACAAGAAGAGCGCGAGCCAACAACCCGGAGCACAGGAUUAUGAUGUCCUUCCUCUGAGCUGAACUUCAGCCUGGUUUUGACUCUGGUAAACUCACAGAAGCCUUGUGUUUUCCUGCCUUGGAUUAACCAUUGCCUGCUCCAGCCGUGUCGUUUUGCCCUCUCUCUCGCAGUAUAAACCAGUCCAAUAUGUCGAUCAUCAGCCACCAUCAGGCCACCAUGGCUGACCCAGACUUAAACGCUGAGACUGUGUCUGAUUCCCGAACACUACUUGUAAGGCUGUUCCAUAACUGUGGGGCUUUGUAAGAAAAGGCUCCGACCCCUGAUGUAGCCUUCACUGUACGAGGUACCAGCAGAUAGCCUGCACCUUUUGAUCUAAGUAGGCGUGGCGGGUCAUAGAGGAGCAGAAGUUCACUCAGGUACUGUGGUGCGAAACCAUUCAGUGCUUUAAAGUAUGGCACAGAAAGAGAAGCUGCAGUGUCUGAAGGAUUUCCAUAAGGACACACUAAAGCCAUCUCCAGGUAAAAGUCCAGGCACUCGGCCAGAGGACGAAGCAGAGGGAAAACCUCCGCAGAGGGAGAAAUGGGCCAGCAAAUUGGACUUCCUUCUCUCUGUAGCUGGUGGCUUUGUUGGAUUAGGGAACGUGUGGCGUUUUCCGUACCUCUGCUACAAGAACGGUGGAGGUGCAUUUCUCAUCCCAUAUUUCAUCUUCCUAUUUGGUGGAGGACUUCCCGUGUUCUUCCUGGAGGUUGCACUAGGCCAGUUCACCUCUGAAGGAGGCAUCACCUGCUGGGAGAAACUCUGCCCCAUCUUCACUGGAAUUGGCUAUGCAUCCAUCGUGAUCGUGUCCCUGCUGAACAUCUACUACAUCGUGAUCCUGGCUUGGGGUUUGUAUUACCUGCUGCAGUGUUUGCAGAGCGAGCUGCCGUGGGCGCGCUGUCACCACAGCUGGAACACCCCCUACUGCGUGGAGGACACCAUCCGUAAGAACAAAACCCUCUGGGUGUCGGCCAACAUCACCAACUUCACCUCUCCCGUGUCUGAGUUCUGGGAGCAUAACGUGCUCGGUUUGUCGUCAGGGAUUGAUGAGAUGGGCAAGCUGAAGUGGGAUCUUGCCCUCUGUCUGCUCGCCGUCUGGGUCAUCUGCUUCUUCUGCAUCUGGAAAGGAGUGAAAUCCACCGGCAAAGUGGUGUAUUUUACUGCCACCUUUCCGUUCCUCAUGCUCAUUGUGUUGUUGGUGCGAGGCUUGACUCUGCCCGGUGCUGCCGAGGGUAUCAAGUUCUACCUGUACCCCGACCUGAGCCGCCUUCAAGACCCUCAGGUGUGGAUCGAUGCAGGGACUCAGAUCUUCUUCUCUUAUGCUAUUUGUCUUGGUGCAAUGACCUCACUUGGAAGCUAUAAUAAAUAUAAAUAUAACUGCUAUAGGGACUGCUUGUUGCUGGGAUGCUUGAACAGCGGGACCAGCUUUGUGUCUGGGUUUGCCAUCUUCUCCGUCCUGGGUUUCAUGGCGCAGGAGCAGGGCGUGGCCAUCGUUGAUGUAGCUGAGUCAGGUCCCGGACUGGCCUUCAUCGCGUAUCCAAAGGCGGUCACUAUGAUGCCACUGCCCACUUUUUGGGCGAUCCUCUUCUUCAUCAUGCUUCUGCUGCUGGGCCUCGACAGUCAGUUUGUAGAAGUGGAGGGUCAGAUCACCUCCCUGGUGGACCUGUACCCAUCCCUCCUAAGGAAGGGAUACCGGAGAGAGAUCUUCAUCGCUGGCAUCUGUGUCAUCAGUUACCUGGUGGGACUCACCAUGGUUACUAAUGGUGGCAUGUACGUGUUCCAGCUAUUUGAUUACUAUGCAGCCAGCGGUGUGUGCCUUCUCUGGGUUGCAUUCUUUGAAUGUGUGGCAGUAGCCUGGGUUUAUGGCGCUGAUAAUUUCUACGAUGCUAUUGAGGAGAUGAUUGGCUACAGACCAAACGGUUGGAUGAAAUGGAGCUGGAUGUUGAUCACACCUGUGCUGUGCGUGGGCUGUUUUGUUUUUUCGCUGGUGAAAUACAAACCCCUCACGUAUAACAAGGCAUACAAGUAUCCCAAUUGGGCCAUCGGAUUGGGUUGGGGUCUGGCUUUGGCGUCGAUGAUCUGCAUCCCAAUGGUAGUGGUCGUCAAAAUCAUCCAAUCGGAUGGCUCGCUGAUUGAGCGGAUCAAGGCCGUGGCGGCGCCGGUGAAAGGAGCGAGCUCUCGUCCGAAAGAGUACAUCCAGAACAACAGCGAGCUGCUCCACCCGCUCGACCCGAACGGCACUUACACCAACACCAAACACACUCACACCAUCGUAGAAACUACAAUGUGAGACUCUCUAUGAGAGAACCGUGUUCUUUUUUCUCCUCUUUUAAUCUGAUCCGACUGCUUCAUAGUGUGUUCUAGUUGUAUUUUUACUCAAGGAAGUUAAAAAAAAAAACAAAAAAAAAACCACCUUCCUAAUAAUAUCCUUUGCUGUUUAGUAAUGUUAUCAUCAUCAUCAUCAUUCUUAUUAUUGUAGUAUUAUUCUUGUUGUUGUUAUUAAGAUAUCACUAUAAUCAUUGCUAGUAAUGCUAAGAUUUAUAGAGGCCGAAGCCCUGAGAGUUUAGAGAGAGAGAGAGCGACAGAGAUGCCUUGUCUUCUUCGCACAGGCAAAAAGAGAUGGAUAGGAACUGUGAAAGUUGUUUAGAAGGAUGUUGAGCCUUUUUUUUUUUUUUUAAAGAAAAAUGACAAAUACAGCAGUGACGUAAACGUGAUUUUUUUUUUAAAAAGGUAGCGACACUAAUCAACAGGUGUGUAGGUGACAGUUUGUGGCAGUGACCCUUAUUGUACAGUGAGGUUUCCUGUACAGCGCUUUUCGUCUUGAUGAAGCUGAAUGUACCUCCGCUUUGUGCGGAAGAUCUGCACUGCUUACACACACACACACACACACACACACACACACUUGAUUUAUUGGAGAGGGUUAAGUCCUCAAAGUGUGCCCAUUUCUUCAAUGGUGCCCUUUUCAGAACCCUCUGUGCACUUUAGUAAUCACUGCCAGAUGAGGCAAACACACACACACACACACACGUAAGCGCAUAUAGUAUAUAUACAGCCAUCGUGUUGCUCUAAUAAUGUAGGCAGCUGUGCUUUUUAUAGAUAUAUAUAAAUAUAUAUGCUAAGUAUCACAUGCUGCUCUUCUCAUUUAAGAGAGGAGUUUGAAUCAAUUUCUUUUUAAUUAAAAGUAAUUCAGGGUUGCCUGACCAUCCUACUGCUGAGUCCAAGGGUGAAUUAUUUACCCGUAGUCCAGCAAUAUCCGUCCCUCUUUUUAAUGCCUUUCAGAAAACAAGACACCCUUUCGUUUUCAUUCAUCUCCAUUCAUCUACCGAUAAACCUUUUGAUUACCCAUAACCCCCCUCACGUUACACCUUACAGCAUUGUGUCCUACGUCCUUAUUGUUGUUCACUGCCAGUCAAAACCCUUUAAAACACCCUCCUUAAUAUUUCAUAGCGAUUUAAUUACUGUUAUAAAUGUAGCCAUCUUGUGGAAAAUCCUUGUUUCGAAUUGGCUGCUCCAGAACACCUUCACUGCACCUCGUCACCUCGGCUACUCGAACUUUCCCGCAGCAACGAAUCUCCCUUCUUCCAAACAACAUUUCCUCAGUUGUUAUUUUGCUGAUGAUCGCAAGUCCAAAAUCUCUCCUAGAUGUUCACUUAAAUUCACUCCAUUCCAUUAAACUUCCAUGAGAAUCCGUGUCCUGUGGAUGGAAGCGGAGUCAUCCUGGAACAGACCACGCCCAUCAGGACAGAAGUGUUUUAUUAAAGGGUAAAGGUGAUCAGUCAGAAGAAGUUUUGUUUUUCCUUUUUAUUUCUAUAUAUGAAAGGAUUGGCAUAUAAUUUGCCUUAUUCUAGCCGCAUUCACUGGAUAUGAGCAAUCGUGCUCCGAUUGGUUACUCUGCUCCUAGGAUAUCAGCUUAUAUACUGUGAGUAGAGAAAAACAAAAUGGCGGAGCGUGUUGCCGCACCAACCGAGGAUAAAAACUCUACUCGAAAACAAAACCCCAAGCAACAAAAUAUAGUUGAUGGUAAGAACAUAUCUUUUUAAAAAUAUUUUCAAGAAUUAUUAUUAUUAUAAUUAUAGCAUUUUUCACAAAUUGCUCCUGUCAUUUCGCCAGUUUGUUUACAUUCUAAGCGGAAAUGAUUUUGUCGGACGUUUUGUAUAAAGUUUUUAUUUAGCAAAUUUGCAAAAAAAUAAAAAAAGCUCCGUUUCUCAAAAUCCAGUGAAUGUGGGUAGAAUAAAACAGUUAUUCCACUCAAUCUCGUCAUACAUAUCUUAUAGCCAAACUAUCAGCUCAUGUACGACUCGAUUUCGUGGAAUAACAGUUAAACAUAUAAUACUGUGGAAAAGUCUAAGGCACAUGCAAAGAAAUGCUGUAGAGCAAAGAUGCCUUUAAAAAGAAUGAAAUUAAAUGUUUGUACAUUUAAAAAACACUACAAACAGCAGUAAAUUGUAAGAAAUAAAACAAAGUAAGUAUUUAGUGUGAUGACCUUUUGCUUAAAACUAGAUAGAACUCGACGCCAACGGCGUCAAUGGGGAUGCCUCCGCCUGGUAGACUACACGCCUUAAGUUGUGAUUUGGGGAUGGACAUUUGACCUCACGGUAAUCUUGACCUGUGACCUUUUAACCUCAAAAUCUAAUCAGUUCGUGUUUGUCCCCAAAUGUACAAAUGGUGAAAGUUUGGUGAAAUUCCUUUCAUUUGCCUUGGAGAUAUUGUGCUCACAAGGUUUUCGGGCAGACAUUUGACCUCACAGUGACCUUGACCUUAGACCUUUUGAUCUCAAAAUCUAAUCAUUUCAUCUUUGUCCCAAAGUGCACAAAUGGUGAAAGCAUACGGUACAUGUCAACCUUUGGUCAAUCAAACCUGUAUAACCAACCUCCAAAAUCCGUAUUUCCCUUAUAAAAUCCGUAUAAGAUGCAAAUUAAAAUAAUUUACCUAAAAUUUGAAUGAUAAUUAACAAUGAUAUAUCCCAGUUACUUUUUAUUCAAUAUUAAUAACAAUAAACCUUCAGAAUGAAUACAAAGCUCCAAUGUUUGACAAAAACACAAAGUGUUAUCAGCGUAGUUACGAAGGAAAUACUUCGUUGUUUGGAGACAGGUGUCACCGAGCGGCUAUUAUGCGCGAGACUUCAUAUUAGCCACAAAGUCAGGAAAAUCUGUUUGUAAAAUUACGUUAUAAUGACCAAAUACAAUGAAAAGUAUUUUUCCAGUCUCACCUGUGAAAGGUAAUCCCAUGUGAUCUCGUUUGGACGGUAAACCUGUUGGUACAGUUAAACGCAGCACAUGAAUGAUGCAUCUUUAUUCUCGGCUACUGUCUAGACGCUAUACCAGAGACGGUUGAAGACUUUGCCACAUCCAAUAUGGCGGCGAGGAUGAUGCCUACACAGAAGGUUUAUAUGUCUAUGACUUCCCGGUUGGCGGGAUUCUCGCAAUGCAGUGUGCGCAUGAUCAAAAGUGGAACGAAGUCUCGCUACCACAAGAUAAUGCGUGAUUUCAUAAGACUCUUUACUGGCUGUCUGUGGUGUACAGUACGUUUGUAAAUGUUAUGUGCUCUUUUAUCAUCGUGAGAAUUGAUUAUAGCUCUAAAUAAAUAUUGAAGUUUUUUUAAAGAAUCCGUAUAACUUUAUUUAUACGCCCGUAUACUACGUUUAUUGAAUCAAAUCCGUAUAAAAUACGAACAUUCCGUAUAGGUUGACAUGUAUGUGAAAGUUUGGUGAAAUUCCUUUCAUUAGUCUUUGAGAUAUGGUGUUCACAAAGUUUGGGGAUGGACAUUUGACCUCACAGUAAUCUUGACCUGUGACCUUUUAACCUCAAAAUCUAAUCAGUUCAUGUUUGUCCCAAAGCGCACAAAUGGUGAAAGUUUGGUGAAAUUCCUUUCAUUAGCCUUUGAGAUAUCGUGGUCACAAGGUUUCAGGACGGACGGACGGACGCACGGAUGGACGGACAACCCGAAAAUAUAAUGCCUCCUGCACCUUAAGGUGGCGGAGGCAUAAAAAUAGUAACCUUGAAAACAGUUAGUGCAGUUUAUAAGGAAAUGAGAUGUUAGGUUUACGGAGAAUCUUCCAGAACCAGACACAGUUCUUCUGGACACUUUGAUUGUCACACUUGCUUCAUAUUUUUGCAUCAAAACCCAGUAGCCUUUAUUAUGGGGUUUCUUUUUUGUCUGAAAAAAAUAUAUCCCUUACAUCCUGUAAUACGCCGCUUUAUUUCCUGACAUGCAAAGAUUUUUCUCUAACAUUUUCAUUUUUUGCUGGAAAAGUAAUGUUUGGAAUCUAAAAUGUUUCAUACAGACUCGAUAAUGUAAAAGAUGUGUAUAAAAUGAAAAUCUAUAACAGUUUGUACGUAUAAAAAAAAGGGGUGCCAAGACUUUUGCACAGUACUACGCGCGCGUGCGCACACAUAGGUGUCCAUUAUUUAAUUCAUUGUAUUAGAAUGUAUAUGAAGGUUUGUUGUUUUAAGAACUACACAAACGUCUGUCUUUGGUGCAGCUGAAUUCUGGAAAACAAACAAAAAUAACCCCUCAAAAAUUACGUUUUCAUCAAAAUUGAGUUUCAAGUUAAAAAAAAAAGAUACUUUAAGAAAAUAUUUAUUUUUUACCAAAAUGACUUGGAAUUUUUUUUUAACUUUCUAAUCUUGUCUUGGCAUCUGCCUGCAAAGAUUAAAAAUAAAUAAAUAAAUAAAUAAGUAAAAACAGUUUGUGAAACAUUUUUUAUUAAAAUUUUUUUUUAUCUAAAUGCAUUUUUCUCAGACAGUGAAUAUCUGACUUUGAUUAAGCUAGCCAGACAAAAAUCUAAAUUCAGUUUGCGAUCAGAUGCUGGCUGUCAAAAUGUCCGCCGCCAUCACAUCAUCAAAACAAAGAAGAGCGCUUAAACACUGAGGGCCCGUUUACACGAGGACGCUGUCGGGUAAAAACGACUAAAUAUUUUAUCGGAAGUGCCUUUCGUCUACACGGGGACGGCGUUUCCGAGGCUGAAAAACGGAAAAAAUUGAAAACGCCUUCCAGAGUGGAUAAGUUCAAAACAGCCCCCGUUGCAUAUCCGUCUAAACUACCCAAUACGCGAAACUCUGCUCAGAUCUGCUCACGUCGGGUACGCGUUUACGUCAUACAUAUGUCAUAUACUGUACAUGCCAGCCCGGGAAGUAAGAAAGUAAGUAAAAAAGUAAGAGCAUGUCUGAUUACAUUGAUCCAAUGGACCCUCAAGCUGCUCUGGCAGCUUUAAUAAACGUCCAGGAGUCCUUCGAACAUCUAUACCGAAUCUGCACAUAUACCGUUAAUGAACAGAGGCGGGUAUGCAAUUACCUUUAUGAAUUUUUGGAUACACCGAUUCGUCGGAGGAAGUUUUUCUUAACCUCACGAGUAGCCAUAGCCAGAGUAGUCAAAGUUUUCACGGCGCAGAUGUGCAGAUCAGACAAGACGGAAGACGUUGCGCAUGCGUGCAGACAUAGCGGAGGUCUUUCGCAGCACCACCUAGCCGCCUGGCAUGCAGAUCCAAUUGAAUUCCACACAUUUAUGCGUCACCGUAUAGACGCAGAUUUCCUCCUUGAAAACGGUCGUGUAGACGCGGAAAAAAGUGAGAACGAAAACGGACUCUUGCGUUUUUGUUUCAGACCGUCCCUGUGUAAAGUGGGCCUCAGCCACAGAGUUCGGAAAAAUUUUUCAAUUACCUAAUAAUAAUAAAUUCAUCCAAAAGUAAUGAUAUGAGUGAAUUAAUUAAUGAUUCUUUCCUCAGUGAUGAUCAGUCGAGUAUAAAGACACCAGUGAGGCUCACUCAGAAUCGACAUUAUCAGCUUUUUGGGAAUCUUUGACUGGCAGAAAACACACCGUAGUGCACACUUCAUGGCUGUAUCGCCACACCAACCUACACACACACACACACACACACACACACACUUACUUCACUGUGCUGUACUUUGUGCUUUUUGAGUUUACGCCAUCCAUGACUAAACCAGAAUCUGUUCUAGUAUUUUCCUCUCCAAUCACAUUUGCCUUUUGAAUCAGCCGUUUUAUAUGGUGCACAACGUAACCCGUCAGUGAUUUGCCUCUAUUUUUCUGAAUGUAUUCAGAAAUUUCUAUCUAAAUGUUAGCCUAAACUUGCAGUGUGCAAUAUUUGUAAACAAGUGGUUUUGUCUGUUUUUUAUUAUAAUUUUCAGCUUGAACAUGUAAUAAAACAAAUUGAAGAAGCAUUAAAUAAACAUCCAUUCAAACAAAUAAAAUAUAUCAU